AUGCACAGUGUGUGUGCCGUCUUUCGGAUCAAUCACGCAGGAGCUGGGAAGUCGCCAGCGCUGCGGACCUUGUUUUUUCGACUGGGCAACCUACUCAAGCUGCCCCUGCACGCCAUAUUUGUCUUCGAUGGCCUUGACCGCCUGCCAGAUAAGGGUCACAAGGCCAGAAACAGCCCCCACUGGCUCACGCGUGACUUUCAGCGGAUGGUUGAGCUAUUUGGGUUUCAGUCAACCGAGGCCCCGAGCGAAGCUGAGGCUGAGCUCGCUGCCAUGAAUUCUCAUGGUGUCAUUGACGCCGUGAUAACUGAAGAUAGCGAUGUUUUGAUCUUCGGAGCUCCUUGUAUCAUUAGACCUGCGAGAAAAGACAAGGACUACCUCAACAUUCAGCUGUAUACAGAGGAUGGGCUCGAGCAUGGUGCCUCCUUAACUCGAGGAGAUCGGCUGCUCAUCGCCCUGCUGAUGGGCGGAGAUUAUGAUGGGGGUGUGCCUGGCUGCGGCAUUGAGAUCGCGCACAAGGUUGCUCUGCAUAGCAGAAUCGGCGAGGCUUUGCUUCACGCAUUCCUGUCAAUGGCACCGGAGGAUUUUUCUGAGCGUGCCAAGGACCUCGUGAAGGAACUAUAUUCAUUGCUCGCCCACGACCCUCACCAUUUCCUCCAACGCAGGUACAAGGCAGUUGCGGACCAUAUCCCAGAUGAUUUCCCACAGCGCGCGGUGAUCAGCAAGUACGUGCAUCCUCUCACGUCCUUUUCAGCCACCCGAAAGGCACCAUCGUGGGAUGUGUCUUCCUGCCAGCCAGAUCUAGCGGCUCUUGCAGACUUCUGUAGGCAGCAACUGGGCUGGGAUGAUAGUGCCAUUAUCGAGAAGAUGUAUGGUGGUGUGUGGGAGGGUACCUGUCUUCGCACCUUCUGCAAGGUAAGCAGCUUGCUGCAUGUUGACAGCCGCUAA